AUGGACACGCAAACGCCCGCUCUCGAUUCGUUCGCUUCUGAGAGUCGCACUGUAUCUCUAUCUGGAACUCGAGAAGCCACUGAAGCCAAAGCUCUCGAACAUCAUGAGCUUCCUAUGAGCCACAAGCUGGUCAUCAUGGCCUCUGUCGUCGGCACGCAACUCAUCCAGACCAUCUCCUUUGGCGCCGGCAUCGUAGCAUCCCUCACUCUCUCCACUCAACUCGGCGCACCGUCACCUGCCAGCGCUGCGUGGAUCGCUGCAUCGUACCCGCUCACACAGGGCGCAUUCGUCCUUCCUGGUGGUCGCCUCGGCGCUAUAUACGGGCACAAGAACAUGAUGAUCUUCGGCGGUGUGAUAUGGGUCGCGUUCACUCUGGGUAGCGCUUUUGCGCCGAGCUUCAUCGUGCUCUGCGUCUUGCGUGGGCUCUCGGGAGUAGGCGGUGGCAUCAUGGUACCCAACUGCAUUGCACUACUUGGCAUUACCUUCCCCCCAGGACCGAUGCGCAACCUUGCGUUCGGCUUGUUUGGAGCGUCUAACCCUAUAGGAGCGGCGAGCGGUGGAAUACUUGGCGGCAUCAUCGUACAGUUUGCACCGUGGAAGUGGAUGUUCAUCGCAAUGGCCAUAGCUGGCGCCGUCGUCUUUGGCAUUGCGUUCAUCGCAACUCCUCGGGAUCGUCCCGUGGAUAAGAGUGGUUCGCUCGAUCUUGUGGGCUCGUACCUCGGCAUAGGCGCGCUUUUCUUGUUCAACUUUGUUUGGAACCAAGCGCCUGCUGCCGGAUGGUCCACCGUAUACAUCUACGUCCUUCUCAUAGUCUCCAUCCUGCACGCGAUAGGCUUCAUCAUCUGGUCGCGCUCCUACGCCCGAGACCCAAUCAUCCCCUUCACGAUCUGGACGCGCCCCUCCUUCGGCAUGCUCCUCGUCGUUGUCUUCCUGACGCUCAUGGCCUUCAGCAUCUUUCUCUGGUACCUCAACGUUUGGGAGCUCAACGUUCGUCACUACACGUUCACGGCCGCGGGCGGGACGGUGUCACCCAUCAUCGUCGUCGGAGGUGUGAUGGCGGGCGUAGGCGCGUGGCUCGUCCCACGCUUGCGCGCUCAGUAUAUCAUGGCCAUAGGUGUAGCCGUCGUGCUCACUGCGCUGAUCAUACUCGGCACGAUGCCCACGCAGCAAAUCUUCUGGGCUCAGGCUUUCCCUGCCACAUUUAUCGUCGCUGCCGGACCGGACUUCAUCAUCACUGCCGCGCAGGUCAUCGCCAGCAAUAGCGUGCGACGGCAUGAGCAGGGCAUUGCGGGCUCGCUCAUCGGCGUGCUCCAGGUAUACGGACUUAGUACCGGACUCGGGUUCGCGGGCACUGUCGAGGUGUACACGAAUGAUGGAGGAUUGAAUCCGGUCAAAGGCUACCGCGGCGCGAUCUUCCUCGGCGUGGGAUUCUGCGUGCUCGCGCUCGUACUCGACCUGUUGUUUGUCAGGAUGAAGGCGGACACGCAGGAGGGUUGGGCGGAGGGCGAUCUUGAGAAGAGGGACGAGAAGGAGGACACUAUCACAGCUUGA